CACUAAUAUUCAACCUGACAGAUUUGCCUCGAUUAUUCCAUAACGUGGCUUAAUGUUGUCGCAAUCGUCGAUAUAGACGAGGGAAGCCAUUGUUGUCACUUUUCACCCGGCUCGGCGCCGUGUUAUUUCCAAUUACGAAAGAAAGAAGAAAGAAAUUGAUAUCUCGUUUAAUUGUGUCCAUCGAGCGAUAAGAAAAUAUAUAUAUCUUUCUUCUUCGAUAAUCAAUUUUUUUCUCCCCACGUGAUUUUUCCACCUAGAUCAGAAUCCAUCUCUCGAUUCCAUCUCAGAUAUCCGGAUUAUCAACACGUCUCCGCAAAUACGGAUUAUCGAAACAGUGGAUACGCUUCGAAUCACAAAUAGAGACAAAGAGCGAGAGAGAGGGGGAUAGAGAGAGAGAGAGAGGGAGAAAGAGAUCCGCGCACAGCGCUGGAGCGCGGCAAGAGAGAGAGAGAGGGAAAUAGAGGUUAGCAAUCGGUCGGACGGAGACGGAAAUAGAGGUUAGCAAUCGGUCGGACGGAGACGGAAGAAAACGGAGAAGGAAGGUGGAACAACCGCGACGGUUGCGAGAGAGAUAGAAAACGCGGCCGCUAGAUAACAGCUAAGCGAACCCGAGUGCCAUAGAUGCAUCACACACAGUUCUCCGCGUCGCGAGAGUUUCUCUUCUUCGCCUCUUCGCCUCGAUCGGUUUUCCUCCUCGGGGAGGACGGAAAGUGGGGAUCCGCAGGAGGUUCAUCUCUCUCGGUUUCGGAGGAUCGAUUUCAGUCGGAGAGGAAUAACGUUCGUUCUCGGACAAAAUUGCGUUCGAGACGACUUUUUUUUUUUUUUUUUUUCCCCACUUUUGAGAGUUUUCCUCUCUCUGGUGUCGCGAUUUCUUUUUUUUUUUUUUCUGGGAUUUCACUCGAACCCUUUUAUUCUCGAUUCGACGAGAAUAAAAUCUUUCCUCUUUCUUUUUUUUUUCCCCCGCGGUCAGAUGCAAAGAUCACAGGAUCGUGGGGUGAAAAAAUCGGAAGCCACGCGGAACCAGCGAAACGAUGGAGAACACGUGACCCUUGGAGUCGAUAAUAAUAAACGAUAGUAAUAAUAAUAAUAAUAAUAAUAAUUAAAUAAUAAUAAUAAAAAAAAAAAAAGGAAGGGAGGAAGAGAAGAGGGGGUGGUGGUCGAAGCGAGGAAAAGCGAUGCGAAAAGGGCCGCGAGGACAGCGGGCGUCGAUCGAAAACGUGGGAUCAGCGAUUGAGGUCAAAGCGAUCUCGAAGCUGCGUAGCGGCGGGUGAAACGCGAGUUGAGCGCGAGCGCCGCCCAUAAAGCGAGACAAGGAUGAAGAAUAACGCGAGCAACCACGGAGAGAAGAACGGGCCGGAGAGCCUGAAGUUGUUGAGGGUGCCGUCCACGCCCCCGACCACCCCGACCACCCCUACCACGCCGAGGGGGCUCGAGGACGUGUUCAGGGAUCUGCCCAUCACCGACGAGACCUCCUGCGGUAUAUGGUGCAUAAGGAACCCCACGUUGCAAAGAUUCGCCAACAAGAAGGCUUACGUGUUCCUGUACGGUGUGCUCGGUUGUAUAUUUUCGGCCAGUUACGCGUACUUCAACGGCACGAUCACCACCAUCGAGAAGAGGUUCAAGAUACCUUCGAAAACGACAGGUCUCAUCUCGGUGGGCAACGAUAUCUCGCAAUUGUUCGUAUCGGUGGUCCUGUCUUACUACGCAGGAAGGGGUCACAGGCCUCGAUGGAUCGCAUUCGGGAUUUACACGGUAGUUGUCUUCUGUUGUUUAACAAUGUUGCCACACUUCUUAUACGGUCCAGGAGAAGACGCUCUUUUACUUACGAAAGAGUAUGGGGCAAAGCCGGAAAACUCGAGUCACAUACCUGAUAAAUAUCGGAAGUUCUUGUGUCUCGGGAAGGAAAGCCGAGAGGAUGAAUGUGAGGAUGCCGAUGGAAAUUUCGCGCCCCAAGCAUUGCUCUUCGUUGCGCAAUUAGUAUCAGGAGUCGGUGGUUCACUCUAUUAUACUUUGGGUGUAUCGUAUAUGGACGAUAAUAUACAGAAAUCGAAGACACCGGCACUGAUCAGCUUUUCCUAUUUCUUGAGAAUGUUGGGACCCGCUAUUGGUUAUGGGUUGGCGUCGUUCGCGUUGAAAUUUUAUAUCAGUCCUAGUCUGACGCCCACCAUUACGACACAGGAUCCAAGAUGGUUAGGUGCUUGGUGGCUCGGUUGGAUUAUUCUGGCGAUUCUUCUUUUCAUCUUCGCAAGCGUAAUCGCGCUUUUCCCCAAAACACUACCAAGAGCCGCAGCUCGUAAAGCUUUAGCAUUGGAACGAAACAAAACUGCAACGACCAUCAAAGAAGAGGAAUCAGAAUUACCAGCUUCUCUCUCGGAUAUGCUGAGGACGUUUAAACGAUUAUUAACAAACACUACUCUGAUGUGCAACAAUUUGGCAACCGUUUUCUAUUUUAUGGGAUACAUGCCAUAUUGGAUUUUCAUGCCGAAAUACAUCGAAACUCAGUACAAACAAUCCGCUUCUGUCUCGUCAUUGAUCACUGGAACAGUUGGUUUAGUCUUCAGUGCAUUUGGAAUUCUUCUUUCUGGUUUGAUUAUCUCGAAAUACAAACCCAAGGCUAGAUAUUUGGCCGCGUGGAACGUGAUGGUGGGUGCUAUAUCGGUCGUAGGAAUGAUCUCUUACGCAUUUUUGGGUUGCUCGGCCAACGACAAACAAAUUAUGGUUCAACCGGAUGGCAGCUUGAAGACUCAACUCCCUUGCAACGAGCAUUGCAUGUGUGACUACGUUACUUACAAUCCUGUUUGCUCCGAGCAUGGACAGACUUUCAUCUCAGCUUGUCACGCUGGAUGUCGUAAUGUAAAGAUAUUAACCAACAGUAGUAAAUUGUAUACGGAAUGCAGUUGCAUCAAACCGAAGUUCGCACGUUUGCCAUUUUUGUUUCCAAACAACACGUGGAAUCCGCAGACAACUGAUGUUCCAUUCGAGACACCAGCACCCGAUGGAUCAACAGGUUUUGGAACUGCGAUUCCAGGAGCGUGUCCCGUGGAUUGUAUGCACAAAUUUUAUAUAUUUCUGGCUGUGGUUUGCUUGCUUAAAUUCAGCGGCGCCACCGGAAGGGCAUCGAAUUUUUUGGUUUCUGUCAGAUGCGUGGAUGAAAAGGAUAAAACAGUGGCUAUGGGCUUUGGAUUAACUAUUAUGAGUUUAUUUGCAUUCAUACCCUCCCCUAUUUUAUUCGGAUACAUUUUAGAUAAGACCUGUAUUGUUUGGGGGAAAACAUGUUCAGGUACAGGAAAUUGUUGGCUCUACAAUGGAGAAACGUUGAGGUAUCUACUAAACUUUACUGCAGCCACAUUCGUAACGAUCGGCACGUUAUUCGACGUGGGUGUGUGGUAUUUCGUGAAAGAUGUAAAGAUUUUCGAUGAGGAGAUUGAAUUGAAAGACAUACCCGAAGAGCCAGGAGAGACGCUUUGAAAAUAAAUCACACGAUCAGAUAUCAAAUCGUUUGUCGAGGGUGAAAGGUGAAAAGUUAAAAAUCGAAAGUCAUUGGUGAAGAGAAAAAAGGAUUAAAAUAAAUGAAUAAACAAAAAGAAGAUGGGAACGUCAAGUAAAAAAAAAAAAAGGAAAUGGAAGAGCUGACGAAUAAAGACUUUACAAGUACCUUAAGCAAUUUCUUGGAUAUAUUUAAAACGUACUCGUAGUACCUCGGAUAGAACUUAUCGUUGACUAUAGUUCACUCGUGAGGGCAUUUGAAAAAGAAAAUGAAUUAAUUUUUUUUUUUUUAUUUAGUAUCUUCGUUUUAUUACGCAUUGUUAUUGAGUAACAAUUCUCAUCGUAGAUGCAAGAGUAAGUGUAAAACGACUCAUAUCAGUAUGAUACUUUCAAUUCAUAAACCCAUAUUUUCUCGUGUACAAAAUAUAUAUAGAGAAUGAUAAUUUGUAUCUAUUAUCUAUCCGACAGAUGUUUUAAUUUUAAAUUUAUCAUAUGAUAUAAUAAUAUAUCUGUUUUUUAAAUUAAUGAAUCGUUGUUGAAUAAUAUUAAUAAGACUAUAGACUUAGAGAAUCUAUUCAAAUAAAAUAAUUGUUUUUUACUUGAACAGAUUAAUUUACGUAAUGAUGAAUGAACUUAGAUAGAUGAUCACACAUUGUUAAGAAUUAACAUGUGGAAUUUUUAUUUAGUAGCAAAGUCGUAUGAAUUAUUAAAAGAGAGAUUAAUACUGACGAUAAUAAAGAUGAGGAAUAAAUUAGGCUAUUUGGAUUUCAAAUAGAGAUCUAUUAUUUUGAAAUUUUAAUUUUAGCAAUUAUAUAUCUUUCAAUAAAACAAUUUUAUCUA